CCGUUGGCAGUGAAGCGUCGCGCGUCCUUAUUCCCAACUCACACACACUAACUUUUAAGUUCCCAAGUGUUUACGGUGCAGUUCCUUGUGUUUUGACUGUGAUUGUUUCUUCAUCCGGAUACUGGACAAGUGAUAUUGUGACUGUGAAUGCGAUGCCGCGACGUGAUUAGCCGUUCAGCGGGCGAUGCUAAAAGGAGAGCAUGUGAUGCCGGCCCUUGACGCCCGGCGCCAUGCCCACGCCGCUGCAGCCCGGCGGCCCCGCUAGCGGCCCGCCUCCGGAGCGCAAGCGGCGCCGCAAGCGCGACGACCCGCAGAGUUCCGCCGCGCUAGAGCCCGACGACGACGACGGCGACAUGAGCCCCGAGGAGGAGCCGCGCAACGCGCCCGCGGCCCCGGCGGCGCCCGCGCCGGCGCCCUCGUCCGCGCCCGCGCCCACCUCGCCCCCCGCCGCCCCUGACGCCGUCGACCUCACCUCGCGAAGAGACUCCCCACCGCUCUCUUCCGAUGUCGAGCGCUUCGACGGCAAAAUCGUCUACAACCCUGAUGGCUCCGCCUACAUCAUCGAAGAUCCCGAGCUAUCGGAGGGUGAGACGAGCCUAUCUGAUCUCCCCAAAAUAGAACCUGGGUGCAUCGUCGACAGCCGCGACAGCAACGUCGUGGAGAGGCAGCUCGAUUUCCCUCAGAUAGCGAGCGCGUUCUACGUGUCGAGGAACCCAUCCCUGUAUGGUGCACUUUACGGCAGACUCGCAGCGGAACGAGCCCGGGCGAGACCCGAUGCGCCGGUCAUGCACAGCUAUCGUGUGUUCAGUUUUCGGGGUGGAAAGGACGCCCCGAGACCCCAAUCCCCGUCUGUGGAAUGUCCUGUCAGCGUGCCAGUGAAACCAAUCCUUAUGUGUUUUAUAUGUAAAUUGAGUUUUGGAUACGCCAAAUCUUUUGUAGCGCAUGCCCAGUCGGACCAUAGUUUAUCGUUACUAGACUCUGAAAGAGAUGCCUUAUCAAGAGAAAACGCUUCCGCCAUUAUUCAGUGUGUCGGAAAAGACAAAGAAGCUUUAGUCUCAUUUUUAGAGCCAGUAGGCGCACCGGCGCCACCAAGAGCGUCGGCUUCAGGAAGCCCCGCGAACGUGUCAGAACUAUCGAGCCCAUCAAUGGACAAACGACUUGACAUGGUGACACCUAUUGAUAGAGACAGUGACUCGAUGUUACCCAACGGAACGUGUGAUGAAAGGAGGCCAAGCCCACCGGCAUGGAGACCGCCUAGGUCAAUAGCAGAAGCUAUGAUUCCUCAACAUUCCCUGAUCUCCGUUGCACACCCACAUACGAUAAACGCGUCAGUCCAGCCACGCGCGAGUCCUAAUUCUUCCCCGCCAUUCCAAGCAACACCUCCAGCAUUUUUGUCUGGCACGACGAUAGGAGUAUGCCCAGAUCAUCUCGGAGGACGACCAUCUGGAGCAGAUUGCCCGAAAUGUGAAUUAAUUUUAAAUUCUGGCAGAUUGGGAGGACCUCUUGCUGGCAUGCACAGUAGAAACUCAUGUAAAACACUGAAGUGCCCUAAAUGCAACUGGCAUUACAAAUAUCAAGAAACGCUUGAAAUCCAUAUGAAGGAAAAGCACCCAGAAGCUGAAACGAGUUGUAUUUAUUGUAUAGCCGGUCAGCCACAUCCUCGGCUUGCACGAGGCGAAACGUAUACCUGUGGAUACAAACCCUACCGAUGCGAAGUGUGCAACUAUUCUACCACCACGAAGGGCAAUUUAAGUAUACACAUGCAAUCUGACAAGCAUUUGAACAACAUGCAAGAACUACAAAAUGGAGGAAAUCCUGGAGAAGGCACUUUACCUCCUGCUCCUCAGCACACGCCACCAGGCCCGCAUAAGCCUCCUCUACCGCACCAUUCUCCUCUGGGUCAGAAACCAAAGCCUACAUUCCGAUGCGAUGUUUGUAAUUAUGAGACAAAUGUUGCCAGAAAUCUCAGAAUACAUAUGACAUCUGAAAAGCACACACACAACAUGCUUGUACUGCAGCAAAACGUCAAACAUAUGCAGACUUUGUCAGCCUUACAUCACAGACAACAAAGCCAACAACAGCUGGAGAGCUUGCUCCACUUCCAUGGCGCUGGUGAUGCGCCUCCACCAAACCCUGAAGCGGCUUUAGCUGACAUGGCGUACAACCAAGCUCUGAUGAUCCAACUCAUGACAGGUGGCCCUGGACCUUCGCCACCUGAACUAGGUGCUCAUCUAGAUGUCGGUCUAAACCCUGACGCAAUGGAGCCUCCACCGGAGCCAGCUGAUCCUGAGCCCGAGAGAACCUUCCACUGUUGCAUCUGCAACUGCUUCUCAACAGACUCUCUCGAAGCGUUGGGCCACCAUCUCGCGCAGGAUCGUACGAAGAUCAGAGAGCAAGAAAUCCUGGCACUAGUGGCCGGUCAUUACGUAUGCAAGCUCUGCACCUACAAGACCAACCUCAAAGCAAAUUAACUUCAUUGCAAAACCGAUAAGCAUUUACAGAGGUUGCAGCACGUGAACCACGUAAAGGAAGGAGGUCCGAGAAACGAGUGGAAGUUGAAGUUCUGCGGUGGUGUAGGAACGGGUAGUGCAGGAGUCGGUGGUGUUCAGAUUAGGUGUUGUGCGUGUGAUUACUAUACGAACUCUGCGCAUAAGCUGCAGCUGCACGCGGCCGGGGCCCGGCACGAGGCCGCCGCGUUGUUGUUGAGACAUCUCCGGGAGUGCGUGUCGCGAAUCCCCCGUGAUCGCCCUCGCGUGUACCGCUGCGCGCUUUGCGGUUUCGGCGCACCGCACCGCCUGCCGCUGCUACAGCACGUGCGCUCCGUGAAGCAUCUCCAGAUGGAGCAAAUACACCAGCUGCAGAGGCGCUCUGAAGGCAAAGACCCCACGCCUGACGUCGCCGAGCUCUUCCAAGUCAUCCCUCAACCAGCGGAACUCUCCAGCCCAUACGAUCAACAAGACAAUGAUAACAAAGAACCGGUUGAUCAGAAGCCUGAACUGACGCAAGAACAGAAAAUGAUGCGAUUUUUGGAGCAACAUCAACAACAAGCACAGCAACAGCUACAACAACAACAGCAAAUGCAACAGCAACAACAACAACCAUCACAACCGGGAACCGGCGAACGGGACGAAGAACGUGAAACACCCGGCCCACACGCUUGCCCUUACUGUAAUUUCAGUUGUGGAAGCGAGAGCCGACUCCACGCUCAUGUGACCGCAUCGCACGGAGACAACGUCAGACACUUCAUUUGCCCGCUUUGCCAAGAUGCAUUUAAGGAAAGGCCAGCACUAGAACGACACGUGAUGCAAAUACAUUCUGUCAACUCUGAGGGCCUGCAGAGACUGUUACUACUUGUCGAUCAAAGCCAUUGGCUAAACGGCGGUGCCCAAGCGCAGGCAGAUGGACGCCAGGGCGAUGAGGAGAGAGAGAUCUCAUCCCCACGCUCUGAAGGAAGUGCGGACGGAGAAACAGAACGAUGCUCAACCUGCAACCGCACUUUUCGUAAUGUGGACGAAUUAUGCCAACAUCAAAACGAAUCUGGCCACUUCGAACUAAAACAAACACCACAAGGCCCAGGAUACGUUUGUUGGAAGAAAGGUUGUAAUCGGUAUUUCGACACCGCUCAUGCGCUACAAAAUCAUUUCAGAGAAGCGCAUGCCCGCAACUCCAUCGCUAACAUGUCUGUAUCUGAAAAGCAUGUAUACAAAUACCGCUGCAAUCAAUGUAGCUUGGCUUUCAAGACUGUCGAAAAACUUCAACUUCACUCACAAUAUCACGUCAUUCGUGAUGCUACUAAAUGUGUACUGUGUGGGCGAAGCUUUAGAUCUGUUCUUGCUCUACAAAAACAUGUAGAAACUUCUCAUCCAGAACUAUCUGAAGAAGAGCUCGCUGCUUUCAAACGUAGUCUGGCUUCCAAUCCUUUGCUACAGGCGAGCCAAGGAACAGCUUUAGAUGCUGCUACAGCAGAGCUAUUGCGAAAAGAAGCUCUAAGAACGCCCGAAGAUGAAAUGGCUGAACUCGAAGAUAGAGACUCAAGCGCAACCGUAGCAGAUGAAUCGGGCCACAACGAUGCCGAAAAUUCAGAUGAUUCCAUCAUUUACAAAGACCAACAGUUCCUAGAAGACUACCUUAAUUCACAAGCUAUGGCUGAAGAUUCUUACAAUGAUCCUAAUAGAAAAUACAAAUGCCACAGAUGCAAAGUUGCUUUCACUCGUCAGUCUUAUUUGACAGCGCAUAAUAAAACACUCCUACAUCGAAAGGGUGAGAAACUCACAUAUCCAAUGGAGAAAUAUCUUGACCCUAAUAGACCAUUCAAAUGUGAUGUAUGCAAAGAGUCGUUCACACAAAAGAACAUUUUACUUGUUCAUUAUAACAGCGUGAGUCACUUGCACAAAUUGAAACGAGCCAUGCAAGAACAACAAAAUAACAACAACCCUCCCGUGUCCCCGGGAGCUGGCUCAGCGCCCUCCAAUCUGACUCUGACACCUAAAAGCACAUCAAGUGAGGAAGAUGAACGCAAGCGCUACAAAUGUAACAUUUGCAAAGUCGCCUAUACUCAAGGCAGCACUCUCGACAUUCAUAUGAGAUCCGUGCUACAUCAAACGCGAGCUGGCAAGUUGCAAGAACUCGCGGCCGCUGGUCACGUGGACUUGUCGCGCCCUUUGGUAGAGCAGCCGGACAGAAACGACCCUGCUAAAAUUUUACAAGACGUGUUGUCGCCGAAAAAUACAUCCCCUUCGUCAACGAGCAGUGGGGGCCCGCGCUCGUCGCCCCCCGCGCGGCCAGGUAGCCCGCGCUCCCCUCGCGCAGGUAGCGCCUCGUGCGAUCGCUGCCACGCGUCAUUUCCUACCGGGGAGUUACUCGACGCACAUCGCGCAACUUCAUGCCCGUUUGGCGAUGCGCGGGCACAUUCGCCGCUAGCUGACGCAGACGCAGCCGCUCUAGACGAGAUGGUCGCCAAGGGCAACCCGCCCAAAAGAAACUCGCAAAUGUACAAGCAACUACUCGAGACAUUUGGCUUCGACCUCGUCAUGCAAUACAAUGAAAACCAGCGGCGAAAAAUGCAAGAAGAACGAGAGAUGGCGCGGGCGCCGAGUCCGCCACCGCCGCCUCCCGAGGAGAAGCCUCCGGACGGUGAAACCAAAUCGACGUGUCAACAUUGUAACAAGGAGUUCUCUAGUGUGUUCGUGUUAAAAACUCAUUGUGAAGAAGUGCAUAAAGAUAAAGUCCCUCUCGAGUUCCUGGAGCAGUUCGCUGAACAUUUCAAGUCGGAGUAUGAGAGGAAGUCUGGUGCGCCGAACUCGCCGCGUGCCGCCUCACCCGCGCCUCAGGAGGAGAGGUCGCCCUCACCCCGUGGGGAGAGCGCCGGGAACUUCACUAAUGAGAAUGGCAACGGCACCGGCGAGGCUCAAGCCGGAGCGUUGCUGGCGGCGCAAGUGCAAGAGAUGCAAGCCGCGCUGAACAUGCUACAGCUGCAACAGCAGCUCGGGCAGCUGCACCCGAUGGUGGCUCAGAUGUUAUCGCUGGGCCUGCCUCUGGGGCUGAACGUGGGCGCGCUGGCGGCCAUGAACCUGCAGCCGCCGCUGGUGCCGCUGAUGCUGCCGCCGCCGCCCUUCGAUGCGAUGCCUUUCGCUCACGACGCUCAGAUGAAACAACAACAAAUGCUGCAGCAACAACAACAGGCAAAUGCUGCAGCUGGACAGAAACGCGCUCGUACUCGAAUUACUGAUGAACAACUGAAGAUCUUGCGAGCGCACUUCGACAUCAACAACUCCCCCAGCGAUGAGGCCAUCGCUAAGAUGGCCAAGCAAUCUGGACUCGCCACCAAGGUAAUCAAGCAUUGGUUCAGAAACACGCUGUUCAAAGAACGACAGCGUAACAAGGAUUCGCCGUACAACUUCAACAAUCCUCCAUCGACAACACUCAAUCUCGAAGAGUAUGAGAAGACCGGAGAGGCGAAGGUUACGCCGUUAGAUUCCUCAGCGAGCUCGGAUGAAGGGAAACCUCCUCCAGAAAAGAAAGUGAAAAUAGAGGAGCCAUCAAUGAACCAUCAGGAUGUUAAGUCGGAGCCCAACGAUGAGCCUUCGAUAGAAGAAAAGUACAAUUCUUAUGACGAUAGGCAUCAGGAAGACAAAAGUUUCGUCUUUCCUCAGGCACCAUCUCAAAGCCCUGCUCCCAGCCUAAACCACUCAGAUCACCACCAAAACAUAUCAAGGCCGCAGACGCCCACCCAUCUGUCUCUGAAUUCCUUGAUCCAGUCACAACUUGACUCUAUACCGGCUACGAGUAUACCGCAGCCGCCUCAUCCGUCGAUGCUACCACCAAAGUUGAAUCCGAAUUUCACGUCCCCAAACUCCGCGCCCCCGAACGUCCUACCUUUGACCCCAAAUCGCAGCCUCAGUCCCGGCAGGGUACCGGCCGAUUUCGGACUUUCCGGGGGCAACUCGAACGGAUCCAACAGCUCGGGGUCUUCUGGCAAACGCGCCAACAGAACUAGAUUCACUGAUUACCAAAUUAAAGUUCUGCAAGAGUUUUUUGAGAAUAACGCAUAUCCAAAAGACGAUGAUUUAGAAUAUCUAUCGAAACUACUAGGAUUGAGUCCUAGAGUAAUUGUAGUCUGGUUUCAAAACGCUAGGCAAAAAGCGAGAAAAGUUUACGAAAACCAACCGGCCGCAGAACCACCUGCAGGUGCGACCGAUGAUGCGAACCGAUUUCAAAGGACUCCCGGGCUUAAUUAUCAAUGCAAAAAGUGCCAAUUAGUGUUCCAGCGUUAUUAUGAGUUAAUUAGACAUCAAAAGACACACUGUUUUAAGGAAGAAGAUGCCAAAAGAUCGGCACAGGCACAGGCCGCUGCGGCGCAAGUAGCGGCGACUUUGAGCAGUGAAGAUUCAAACUCGAGUACAGUUGAGCACCACCCACCUCACGUGCCCGUGUCCCCAGCGCCGCCGCGCACGCCGACACCAGCAGCCGCCAACUACCCGGUGUCUCCGGCGCCACCCACUCCCCAUACGCCAGUUACGCCUAUGGCACUUGCACCCCGAAGUGACGAGAAGGAUGGAAAUUUUCAAUGUGAUAAAUGCAACCUAGUCUUCCCUCGGUUUGAUUUAUGGCGGGAGCAUCAACUUGUCCAUAUCAUGAACCCAAACUUGUUUCCCACGUAUCCACCGGAUUCCCCAUUUGGUAUCCUGCAGCAACAUGCACAGUUACAACAACUGAACGCUCAGCUCGGCAAUGAUGAGUCGAGACAUCCGUUAGUUGCAGCGAUGAACCAACAGGCUGUAAAGAGGAAAUUCGAUGAAUACGAAGAAGUGGACACUGGAGAACAGCCUAAAGACAAGCGUUUAAGAACUACGAUAUUACCUGAACAACUAGAUUAUCUCUAUCAGAAGUACCAGAUUGAGUCAAAUCCUUCUAGAAAGAUGCUAGAAAAUAUUGCGCGUGAAGUUGGAUUAAAAAAAAGAGUGGUACAAGUUUGGUUCCAAAACACACGUGCCCGAGAGAGAAAGGGGCAGUUUCGUGCACAUGCACAAGUCAUCAAUAAGCGAUGCCCUUUUUGCCCAGCAUUGUUCAAAGUAAAGAGUGCUUUAGAAAGCCAUCUGAGCACUAAACACGCCGACCAAUGUGCACGAGGUGAGAUCAACGUGGAUGCUCUUCCAGACGAAGAGCUAAGCACCGAAUCAACUCCCAGUUUUGGCUCCCAACAAAGUGACCGGCAGCAAAAUUUUUCGCAAGCGGGGGCUCCCAUGUUGCCCCCUAUUUUUCCGCCCUUUCACUCAGACAUGGAGAAAUUUAUCAAGCAGUACAGUGAAGAAUCAAUGAAGCGAUACGUUAGUGAACUACAAGCGCAUGCGGCCGCCCAACAAAAUGGCGGCAACAAUGAGCCCUCCGAAAGACGCAAUGAACAUGGAAAACCGGAGAUACCCUUAGAUCUCAGCAAACCAGUCGACCUCUCAAGGCCGGGAUCAGACGCCGACGAACGCUCGGAUACUGCAUCUGAGACCAUGGAGUUCUACGAAGAGGACGAACCGACCUCGCCGCUGCCCGGGCAACAGAAUCCGAGACCGCCUGGCAAACGCUUCCGCACUCAAAUGUCCUCUCUACAAGUUAAAAUAAUGAAAUCAUUAUUCAGCGAUUAUAAAACGCCUACGAUGGCCGAGUGCGAGGCGCUCGGGCGGGAGAUCGGGCUACCGAAACGCGUAGUACAAGUGUGGUUCCAGAACGCGCGGGCGAAAGAGAAGAAGGCGCGCCUCGCGGCCGGGUUAUCGGAGGUGUCGGACGCGCCGCCACCCGAGGAGUGUCGAGUAUGUGAUUUCAAGUACAGUCACAAGUACUCGGUGCAAGAUCACGUGUUUACGCGCGGGCACAUCGCCGCGGUCCGCGCGCGGCUCGAGACCGGCGUCGGCGUCGGCGUGGUCGGAGUCGGCGCGGAGGACAGCACCAUGGCGCUCAUGCAGAUGGCGGCGCGGCUGGAGGGCGGCCUCGGCGGAGAGCUCCAUAACGCGUUCCUGCGGCCACAGCUCGCUGGCAACGGUGGCAACCCUAGCACCCCACAACCUCAGCCGCAGCCGCAGGGUCUGAUCGUGGAGACGGGCAACGGCGCCAGCGUGCUUCAGCUGCCAGCCACCACGCUCGAGCAGAUCCGCCAUAUCGCCUCCGACCCUGGAGCGUCGACCUUACGCCUCCCGCCGCCCGCACCGGAGCCCCCUGCCGGCGCUCGCGAGCUCGACUUCGAUCUCUGCUACGUGUGCAAGCACUGCAAAGUAGCCUUCCCCUCGCCUGGGCCGCUGCAGGCGCAUCAAGCUCGUUCGUGCUAUGCCGGUCGCGAGAACGCACGCGGUGUCAUCAGAGUCGUCCAGCCUGCCCUCGAGUGCCGCGCCUGCCCCGGCGAGCGCUUCCGCACUGGAGUAGACUUCCGUCGACAUGCGGAAACCGAAGCGCAUUUAAGGAACGCAGCGCCACCUCCACCCCCUCCCGCCGAACCUUUGACGCAUGAGAUGGAGGACGUGGUGAACCAGAUCACGCUGCUGGCCGCGCGCGCCGCGCAGGACGCCUCGUCUCCGAAGGAUUCCAACGCCAACUUCUGCGCGCCUAGCCCCCGCUUUCCUCCGCCCGGCGAACUACCCCUCGCAAGCGCCGGACACUAAUCCUAAUCUGACGAAAUGUAUAGUUACUAUCUUAGAGCCCCUCGCUCUCUCCGUUGUCCGACAACGCAGCAGUUCACUAUUAGCUCUUAACGCUUCUUUUCGUUGAUGAAUGUCGCCGCAGAAUCGGCACUUUCCUAAUGAAACAUUUAAAGCUUUUAGUUUAAGUAUUAGGUUAAUCACGAGCCGACCGUCGUCCCGUUCUAGAAUGUAGUCGGCGGCUGCGCCGACGUCCGGCGUUAGUCGGCGGGGCGACGGCGCCGACGCCGCGCGCCGCGCACUGGGAGGCGGCCGCGGCGAGCGCCGCGCGGCCGCGCAUCGCGUGCGCACUCAUAUCAUACGUUAGACAGGUUUUAUUAUAUACGUUUAUCGUGACAGCACGCGACCGCGGCCGCGUCGGCGCCUUCUCCUCUUUAACAUCAACUCCCAGGAAAGCAAGUUCCUAUCUUUAUGGCAUAUAAUAUUAUCGAUAUUGAUAAUUACGAUUUAAUUAUUGUUUAAAGCUAUGUAAUACAUACAUAUAAUCGUUCUAAUUUUAGGCAUAGAUACGUUCUCGUAAGAAGUUCCUGACGCAUCGUAAAUGUAUGAAGAUAUAUAUAGUGAUAUACGUAUAUGAUUUUUUAAAACAUGAAGCGAAGUUAGGUACGUAUGUUAAGCAGUAGAGCGGUGGCGGCCCCGCGCGGUCACUGCCGGGCGCGCCCGUGUGCGGGCUCGCCGCGCGUCCUUUCGAUGAAAGUGCUGCCUGUGCAGGCCGGGCCCCGGCCGCGCCCGAGCCGCCCGCGACCCGCCCGAGGGCCGCGACACCGCGUAGGCUUAUUGGUAACGGUUAAUUAUAAUUAUUAUCGUAGCAAACUUUUCCAAAACGAACGAACUCGAAACUCGGGCUGCGCGCCAGCGCUCAGCCUACCUCGCAAACAAGUGAGUUUAUUUUGGAACUAAGUGUGAUUCUUGAAUUUUUAUUGAUAUAGUAAUGAUUAUUAGUAGUGGCGUAAGUGAGUGCAAGGGCAUGGAGGUACAUGCGGCGCGGCGCCGGCGACGCGGCCCUCUCGCAUGUACAUUCAUCACUUUACCGUGUGCGUGGAGUCCCUUCAUAUUUUCGAUGGCACAGAUCAAGUUAUUUGAAAUAUUUUACAUAUUUACAUUUUAUCUAGUGGAGUUUACUACAAUAUUUUAUCUACGAGUGAAUCCUACUACAACAUUGAUUUGUUUUUUAGUAAAGUGCAAUGUUUUAUUCCACCGGUUACCGGAGGUCCUUGUUAUCCUAUAGGUAUUUGUGCAAUCACUGCGCGCGCGUCGCCUCCGUUUCCGCUUCGCUUACCGCUCCGCUCCUCACUGUGCUACUGGAGAUACACCAACGUUAUGAUUGAAAAUUUUAUUCGACCCUCAAUAUUGAGGAAAUUACAGCGGAGAGCGCCCCCUAACUAAACAAAGCAGAUAAACUUAUUCGUAGAGCAGACCUACUCAUAGAUAUUACAUCUCCACGACUAUUAUGCGAAUAUAAAUCUUUAAACGUGAUUUGCCUUAAAUGGAAUGUCGUUCGAGUUAAAUGACUGCAGUAAAAUUUAGAAAGCUACAGUACCAUAGAGUGUUGACGGAAGCGGAAGCGACACGCCCGCGAGUUGACGCGAAGGCGCGCGUUACAACAACAUAUUAUUUUAUUUGGUGCGUUGAGUACAUGAGUUAAGACUAAGUAUUACGAGCUACUGCUCGCGCGGUAGUUGUUGAAGUUGUGUUCGCCCGCGCUCCGCGCCGCGCCGCGUCGCGCCGGGCCGCUCUAGGUUCCCUAGGAGUUUUAUUUGGGUCGGUUUUGUAAUCGGAAGUAUGUAAGUUUGAGUUAGCGUAGGUGGACAAGUCGGUAGUGCGAUUGUGUCUCCGCGGACGUCAGCCCGCGGAAAGAAUCAUGGUUCCUAUGUAUAUUUCAAUAUUAUCGCAUCUAGAGUUUCACUAUACUUUCCGAAUACAAAUUUUAAUAUUUAAGAUUAAUUCGGAUUAGUCUGUUGUAUCUGCUGCAGAGUGCCCACGGCCAUGUUAUUUGUUUAUUUGUAUAGGAUACUUCUCUUUGUUUUAUCAUUUGUGUAAGUGUAAUCUCAGUGUACCUUGAUAUUAAUUAUUAUACUUUUUGUUAUUCUAUAAACAUGAAAGUGUGUAGACUGUCCUAAUCCUAUAGGUAAUGUUGGUUACGAAUAAGUUUACGAUCGUAAAAAAGGUAGCACUUGUGUCUAUCAUAGUUCCUAAUACUGUGUAAACGAGAACUUAUUUUAAAAAUUCUUUACUAGUGAAAUAUACCGUUCCUACUAUUUUAAUCUAACGAAAAAAUGUUAUACUGAUCCAAGUGAAUAAAUCAUUUUCAAAUUGUAAUAUUUUAUUGAUGCUUCGAAAUGUCAAUUUGUUCUUAAUUUGUUGAUUGGUGUGAUUUUAGCAAAUGUUUGUCACUUCUCCGAGAAAUAUUGUUUAGGUGAUUUCGUAGCGUUUAGUUUCUUGUACCGCAUGGCUGCGCGUAGGCCUCUACGCGCUACGCGCUACGACCGCCGUAGCCACAACAGAUAACGAAUACAUUGUCAAGUGUAAAUGGUAAAAAUAAACUCAAAGUUAGUUUAUCAGAA